GGCCAUAGAGAUGACAGCACUGCCGAUCAAAAUGGAAACAGGGGCAACUUUCAAGCUUUGCUGGAAUUACGUGUUGACUCAGGCAAUGAAGUUUUAAAGAACCACCUAGCAACCCGCAGCGCGAAUGCACGAUAUUCUAGUAAAACAAUACAGAAUCAACUCAUAAUGCUGAUCGGAGACCACAUAAGGGAUUCGAUAAUUCAAGAAAUCAAAGAAGCAAAGUACUUCUCAAUUCUUUGCAAUAAAGUCACUGACAAUGCUAAUCUUGAACAGUUGUCUUUGGUUUUACGGUUUGUCGACAAAGAGUGCAUGAUCUGCGAAGAGUUUGUAGACUUUCGAUGCACCGAUCGAAUUACUGGUCAAGUAAUUUUUUUCCUUGAUCUUGGAGAAGUUUGA